AUGGACUCGAACCAGGCACAGCUUCAACAACAACAAACAGUUGCGUCAUCCAACUUCAACUUCGCCGACGACCAAAACAAAAACGCUGAGAUCAGCAAGGGUGCCUCUCCUCCAGUAGCCGUCACGAUGGCUAGCAACGAGAUGCCCAGAUCCGAACCCAUGAGCGCACCGCAAGGACUCUGGACCACGCCGACGUCGCAAGGCAUGCGGCCUCGCCCAGCAACCAUUCAUGAAGGCUUCUCAUACUCGGUAGCAGAGGGCUAUGAUAACCUGCCGUCAUGGGACUCUUCGACUUUGCCAAUUCAACAACAGACUCCCAGUGAUACCAUUGCGUCCUCACGACCCAUCUCUGUACACCAAGAGUACUAUCCGCCGACGACAAUGGAGUCAAAUACCUGGAUGCAAAAGCCAUGUGAGGAGAACCUGGAGUUUCAUGGCUUAGAGAACGAUAUGAACAUUGGUCAGGCAUACACCACCGACGAAGCCAUUCCGAUUCUUGACUUGCGGUACCAGGGUAACCAGGCAGAGAACGAGCCGGUGCCUUUCGAAAACAACGUCAACCCGCGUAGGAUGUCUGGCUCUUCCUUCACCAUGUCGACGUCAGGAGGACUGUCAGAGAUGACUUCGUAUGAGGACUUCUCGGCGGCAAUGUCUGAUGCGCCUUCGUUCAGCUCGGACUACCCGCCGCCUUCCAACAGGAACUCGUUGAUGUCGUCGACCCAAUUAUCACCCGUCGCCUCGCCGCGGAUGACCCCUCAGAGCCGAUCCGAACUGGUCAGGACGCAGAGCCGGGGCAGAGCCUCCCCAUCGCCUCGGCCUGGCAUGCGCUCUGCUCCCUACAGUGUUGAGAGCGCAAGGAAUAAGAGGUGGUCCACAGGCUCCUAUGGAACCACACCCAACAGGCGGCACUCUCCGUUCGUCUACCACCCACACGACGCGUAUGGCCAGCGCAUGUCCUCGAGGCACUCAUCGCCCACGAUCGCGCAUACUCAGGUUCCUCUCAACAUGGGCAACCUGCAGACCAUGCAGCAGCAGGCCUAUUUCAUGCCACCCAACCCGGCCUUCCCUCGACACAGCAUGUUGCUGCCAUCCCAGCUUCCAUCAAACGGCUAUCACCACCCAGACCCGCACACCCUGGAGCAUCCGCCUCCACUCAUGUCGCACGGUCUUUUCCGCAUGUUGCAAAGCAACGCUGAUCCCCACUCACUACAUGGGCACUACACGGAUCUGUCGGACCCGCCAGACUUGUACGCUUCGCUCCACGAAGAGCAGAUCCCGCCGCCUCCUGAGGACAUGAACCCGUCAGACCCCGACCUGGUUCCCCACGAGCAGGAGCUGAGAUUUGAAGGCGAUCUGUACACCCCAAGAUGGGUGCGCGGGCACGGCAACAAGCGCGAGGGAUGGUGUGGUAUUUGCAAGCCUGGCAGGUGGCUUGUCCUCAAGAACUCUGCUUUCUGGUACGACAAGAGUUUCACGCACGGAAUUAGUGCAGCCACAGGCAACCCCUUCCAGGAGCCGCAAGAGACGAGGAGAAUGGAUGGCAACCCGGACGUUUGGGAGGGGCUGUGUGGAAGCUGCAACGACUGGAUUGCGCUGGUGAGCAGUAAAAAGAAGGGCACGACCUGGUUCAGGCAUGCAUACAAGUGCCAUACGCAUCCCAAAAUCAAAGAUGCUCCCAAGCGGAGGCGGGAGAGCAGCCAUACAAGGCUUGCCGCAAGUCAAAUGGCAAAGCCCAAGACAGAGCCGCAGCCAGGUCAACAGCCGUCGCAGGCACCGCUCACGCCCCAAAUGACACCUGCAUCGACGUCAAUGUCGGCCAUUAACACGCCAACACCCGCGCAGAUGCAGACGCCACACAUGCAUAUGCAAACCCCCCAGCUGCCGCCUCAUCAGCAUUCGAUGCAAGUCCAGACCCCCCAGCAUCACCCCCACCACAUGCAAGGGCAAAUGUCAUCGCCCAUGCAUCCGCAACAGCAACAGAUGAUGCAGCCUCCAACUCCCGCCAGGUCGCAUCACCUGCAUCCAACCCACGCCCCGCCGCUUCCGCACCCGCAGAUGAACGUUCAGUAUGGGCACAUGCCGCAUCAGAGGCCGCCAACGAGCGUUAAUCCUGGCCUGGAUGGAAUGCCCAACAUGAUCUGA